AUUUGAACUACCAACCUUUUCCACGGUGCUGAAAGCUUUCACAAUUUCACAGAAUAAUUGCGCCAGAUAAUCUCGAGAACAUGGAAGAACACAAUGGGUCUACUACACGGACACCUGUGUGGCUUCCAAUCGUAUUUGUUGCGCAAUUUGUUCUUGCAGUGAUCAUCCUGGGUCUCUCCGCCUACAUCAUUCAUGGCCUAUAUUUCGACACGAUGGGAUUCACGAUCUUCACUUCCCUCUUGACAUGGUUUGUCGUUGUUUAUAAUUUCACUACCAUCUAUGUUGGAUCCCUGAAGAGGUUCCGCAUUCAGUAUGCAGUGCUGGGUAUCGAUGCUGUUAUGAUGAUCUUUUGGCUUUCAGCAAUGGGGGCCUCUGCGGCACUGCGUGCCUCUUUCAAGUAUAGUGUCACAAUCGAUGGUUGUUACAACGAUGGCUCUCUGGUAAAUUCUUCUACGUGCGUAGUGGAACGAGGUAUGGAGAAAAGGGCAGCUGUUGCAACCUCAACUGGGCUUUCAGUCUUGAGCGCGAUUGCUGGUUUGUCUGCCUUGGAAAUGCUACUCUUAUUUGGAUGUCUCGUUUUCAAUGUGCUAGAGUGGAACAGAUCCAGAAAGCAAGCGUCUACAACUGCCGACACUCCACAGAAGGAACAUGAAGGAUAUCAAAUGGAAGCGUCUCAGCAAGUUUAUGAGCAAUCUUCUCAAGCUGAUGCGCACCAUGAAUCAUAUGGCCAGGCUCCAUAUGGCCCGCAGCCGAUUCCGCUGCAUGAGCACCGAACUUCGAUUCAACCACCAACGGGAUAUCAGCCAAACUUGCCUGCAUAUUAGAGCAUUGGAAGAAGGGGCAUUCGACGACGAGGUUUUCACUUGAUAAGUGCAUGCUUUAAAGUGGGGAAACCAAGGAACAAUGUCUCCGUUGGUGGAUGAUUGUUAGCAACUUGCGCAUGCGGGGCUGCUUUUCUCGUCGAGACAUGGUAAACCUUGUUUGGCUGCGAAGAUGGUUUGAUUGCGCGGUAAUAAUAAUCUAGGAGAGAAGAUACAAUUGGGUGCUGUUAUAGUUUUAUCCCGGCAUCGGAAUGUGAACGUCGUUGCCGUUGAUCA